AGAUUGACACAUAGAUACCUCCAUGAGGAUGAGAACUCCACUGAGAACUUUAUGGUUGCAGGGAGAAGAGUUGGUGUCGGUCUGACAAGUUGUGCAGUGCUUUCCAGUUGGCUAUGGGCGACAGAGAUGAUCUUAUCGGCUCAGAUGGUUUAUAGCUAUGGUAUUUGUGCUGGUUACCUCUAUGCUGCUACACUCUCGGUGCAGAUUGCUGUGCUCUCCGUUGUUGGGGCUGAGUCGAAGAAGAAGAUUCCAAAUGCACAUACUUCCUUGGAAGUUAUCAAGCUAAGAUAUGGAACUGCAACUCACGUCCUGUAUAUUUUCCUGUCAUUGGUUACAAAUAUCAUCUCAUGCUCCUCUAUGAUAUUGGGUGCGGCCAAUAUAUUCGUGGCCCUGUGUGGUCUACACCCAGUUGCUGCAAACUUGCUCAUUCCUUUUGUGGGAAUCACCAACGAGAGGGUUGGAAGCUUGUCCAAUCUGUAUAACCUUGUGGUGGACUUCCAAGAAGAGUCUGGUCUCUAUAUUAAUGGCAAUUACGAAGGCUCUCUCAUUACUAUGAAAUCAAGAGGCUCAUGGUUCUUUGGUAUCAUCCAUAAUAUCGGCGACAUGGGUUUGACAGUGAUGGAUUCAAGUUUCUGGCAAAAGGCGUACAGUGCAGAUGUCACAGCAACGGUCCCGGCUUAUAUCAUUGGCUCUCUUGGUGUUUACUGUCUGAGCUUCCCAAUUGGUACAAUUUGGGGUUUGCUUAACAGAGUGUUUGAGCACACGCCUGAGUUUCCACUCUAUCCAAAUGGCAUGACACAGUAUGACAUCAACAAUGCAUAUGGACUAUUCUAUACCAUGUAUGCCUUACUGGGUAGAGGCGCAGUGGUUGCUGGUCUCUUGAGUAUCUUCCUCGCUGUGACAUCAACGGUGAGCGCACAGACUAUCAGUGUUUCUUCCAUUCUUUCGUUUGAUAUCUACAGAGCGUACAUCAACCCUGAUGCUGGCAACAAGGAGUUGAUUCGUGUAUCCCACGCUGGUGUUGUUUUCUUUGGCUUCUUUGCUGCUGGCUUCAGUAUCAUGUUAUAUUAUGUCGGCAUUACAGUCACUUGGAUCUCAUACUUCAAGUCCACAAUCAUCUGUCCUGGUGUUAUCCCUCUGAUCUGCUCUAUUACAUGGUCUAGGCAGAGUACACUGGCUGUCUUGGUGAGUCCAAUCAUCAGUAUUAUGGCAGGCUUGGGCGUAUGGCUAGGACUUGCACAAUUUUGGUAUGGUGCAGUCACUCUAGAAACAACUAUCCAGCAACUACCUUGUCUCUACGGAGGUUUGACUGCGUUAUUUCUUCCAGGUGUACUCGUGGUUAUAUUCUCAAUUAUUCAACCGGAAAAGUUUGACUGGGAAGUGUUGAAGAGAGCUAAAUUACUCGUCGAUGAAGAUGGUGAUAAUGAUAGUGGCAGAAGCUCAUCCUCCUCAGAAUUACAAGAUCUUGACAACAAUGAAGCUGUUACAAAGGAAAAAGGUGUUUUCAGCCAUGAAACUGUGGAACGUCAACCAGACACUGAGAUCUACAGAAAUGGUCUUACCAAAGAAGAGUACGAGGAGAAGGCCAAUAAGUAUAUAAAGUGGGCUUGGGUCUAUGCUGUUGUCAAUACACUGGUAACACAGGUCCUUUGGCCACUGCCUCUUUACAGAGACUACAUUUUCAACCUGCCCUUCUUCUCUGGCUGGGUGACGUUUUCCGUCAUGACAACUUAUAUGACGUUUGUUGCAGUGAGUCUAUACCCACUGUAUGAUGGCAGACAUAGUCUGUUGAAAGUGCUUCGAGGUAUUAAGGAGGAUCUCAGAGAAGGUAACUGGAGAUCCCUAAUCACCAAGAAGGAGACUUCAUAAUUUUCAUCACUUAUCUCUUCCUCUCCUGGUAUAACCUCCCCCCAGAAUGGUAAGCAUUGACUACUCAGCCACCUCGGAUAAACUCUGC